AUGUCUAGGAACAAUGAAGCAAACUCCUUCAGCCAGAGUUACAAACUGGUUGUAGUAGGAGGUGGAGGUGUGGGCAAAAGUGCCUUAACCAUACAAUUUAUUCAGUCCUAUUUUGUGACAGACUAUGAUCCAACAAUAGAGGAUUCCUACACAAAACAAUGUGUAAUAGACGAGGUUGUUGCCAGGCUUGACAUCCUGGACACAGCAGGUCAGGAGGAAUUUAGUGCUAUGAGAGAACAGUACAUGAGAUCUGGUGAAGGUUUUCUGUUAGUUUUCUCAGUAACAGACAAAAGUAGUUUCAAUGAAAUCUAUAAGUUCCACAAACAGAUUCUCCGUGUGAAGGAUCGUGAGGAAUUUCCUAUGAUCCUUGUUGCCAACAAAGCUGACCUUGAUCAUUCUAGAGUGGUCAGCAGAGAGGAGGGCUCUGAAUUAGCAGAACAGUUAGGUAUUAAUUACAUAGAAGCAAGUGCCAAGGUGCGAGUUAACGUGGAUCAGGCAUUUUAUGAUCUUGUCAGAUUUAUUAGAAAAUUUCAAGCAGAAGAGCGACCGACAGUGAAGCUUGGAGGGGAUAGGAAGAGGAAAAAAUGUGCAAUACUCUGAUGGUUUACACAGCUGAGAGUGACUCACUAUGAUUGGCUAAUUCUUUGAAGAUGAUAUAUAAGAAGAACAGCGCCGGAGACUUUGUGUGACAUGCUCUGAUUAGCUGACAAUUGGAGGAUUGCUUGUAAGAUA